AUGGAUGUAUCUUUAGAUGUCGAGCUCGUGUUACUUUUGACACAAAAGAUUGUCAAACAAUGGACUGAUGACAACGGAAGCAAACCAUACACUCAAGUGGAAGUCACCAUCAGAAACAACGGUCCAAGAUCAGUCAACCAAGUUGUUAUCGGUGCUGCCGAUGGUACUUUGAACAUUAGAGAUGCAACUUCCAUCUGGAACAUUGCUGUUGUCGGUGCUGAUUUCACACUUCCAUCGUAUGCCUCAACAUUGGGUGCUGGUCAAACCUUCACUUUCGGAUACAUCAACAAAGGUAAUCAACCAGCCAACAUAACAUGUGGCAUACUACCCGGUUCUGUCUAUGUCUAUGUCAAUGAAUCUGCCAAUCCAACCAUUUUUAUUCAAAAUUUUGGUCAAGACGCAGCAUGUCAAAUCCCAGUUACCUCUCCAACACCAUACACCUUUUGUAAUUCAUUAUUCUGUUCGAAAAUAGAAUACAGAAUUUUCUUAGAGGAUUUAAAUAUAUAUAAACAGAAACCAGCAGCAACAACAACCACCACCACAACAGAAAUCCCCAGUAACACUGCAAACAUUUCAGACAACAAAAAUAAUACUGGUGUCGAUAGUAAUAAAAAUAGCAAUAAGAAUAAACAAAAGAGUUCAUAUUUAGAAGAGUUAAAAGAUACAGAAAUAGAAGAAAUGCAAGAAUCAAUAGCAUGUCCAGGUCAAGACUUUGACAGUAUGCCAGUACAUCUUUUUAAAAAUAAUCCAAAUGUUACUCAAUUAGAUUUAAGUUAUAAUAAUAUUAAGAAAGUAGAAUCUAUUGAUAAUCUGACAAGAUUACAAUCAUUGGUAUUGGAUAACAAUCAAAUUGGAAGUGAAAAUUCAUUUCCUCAUCUUCCAACAUUGAAAACACUUUCUUUAAAUAAUAAUAAUAUCGAUGAUUUAAAGUUAUUCAUUGAAUCAAUUAAAGAUAAAUUCCCAAAUUUGACACAUCUCAGUCUGUUAAAGAAUCCAGCAUGUCCGAGUUACUACUUCACUGGAACCGAUUUCGGUGACUACCAAAAAUAUAGAUAUUACGUAUUGUCGAACCUCAAGAAUUUAAAGUUUUUGGAUUUCAACGAAGCGACUCAAGACGAAAAGAAAGAAGCACUCAGAUUGGGUGCUUUUGCUUUUGCUGCUCGUCCAACCCAACAAGAUAUUCCAAAAGAAGAGGAAGAAGAAGAAUCAUUUAGAGCAUUACCACAGGAGUUGACAGAGGAAGGUCAAGGAAAAUCAGGAUUUACUGUUAGCAACUAUCUGAGAAACUCUCAACAUGGAAAUGAAGAAUUCGUUUCUGAAAAUACACCCUAA